GUCUUUGUCAAUAUGAUAUGAUUUGAAUUAUUUUUUCGCAUAACGCUACUUAUUAUAGCAUUAUAAUUGAAACACCCUGGUUUAAAAAAUACAGAUAAAUGUAUGCCAAUUGUGGAUAGUUAAAUUGUUUUGAACUGAGUAAAGUAAAAAGUAUGAUAAUUGUGAUGAAAUAGGUCCGAAAAUUACUCAAUUUUCAAUAACCGCUAUAUCCCUCACACCACCACCCCUAUUGUAUUUAAAACAUGGUGAAAAAAUAAUGAUCUGGUUUAAAGGGAUAAGGAUAAAACUCAGUAUCAUAUGCUCAUUCACGUCAAUUAGCGCAUGUCCCAAUACUCUCUCUAAACGUCACCAACUAAGGCCGCCCACACCGUUAAAUUUUUAACACCCACGAGUUUUUCCUAUAUAUAUAUACUCUCUUCUCCUUAUUACUCGGGCCCUCUUCCAAGACAAACCUCAGAAACACUAGCUUCUUUGUUGUGUUUUGGUGUUCACUUUGUACUUGAGUAUUCUUAAUUCUUCCUCAAAAAAGCAAAAACUAAACAGAUACUCUGUUUUUUUUUUUUGAAUUUUUCCUCUCAAAUUUGAUCUCUCUCCAAAUGGAUAAACAAUUCAAACAGGAUAGCAGCAGCAGCAGCUGGGUUAGAGGCACUGCCAUCGGGAAAGGCUCAUUUGGGACAGUCAGUCUUGCCUUUAGAAACAACGCCGCCGACUCCGCCGCCGCCGCCGCCGGCUCUGACUGCGUCUUCGCCGUUAAGUCUGUGAAUAAAAAUUCGUGUUUGCCUUCCCAAAUUGAGGCUCUGGAGAAUGAGAUUAGGAUCCUCCGGUCGGUUUCCUCGCCGUACGUGGUGGAGUAUUUCGGCGACGACGAAACAGAGGAAGGCACAUCGGAGUUUAGGAACCUGCAUAUGGAGUACUUGCCAGGUGGCACCGUCGCUGACGUGGCGAGAGCACGGCGGCUUGAUGAUGAUUUCGGCGUGGAGGAGGAGAGAAUGAUUCGGAAUUACGCUUUCUGCGUGGCCUCCGGCCUCAAGUAUCUUCACUCCCAAGGCAUUGUGCACUGUGACGUCAAGGGUGACAAUGUGCUGGUCGGCCCCACACCGGGGAAUGCCAAGCUGGCCGAUUUCGGAUCCUCGGCGGCGUCGACGGCCGGAAAAUACAGGAUCCUGCCGCGCGGGAGUCCACUCUGGAUGGCGCCGGAGGUGAUCAGGGGAGAGUACCAGGGGCCGGAGUCCGACGUGUGGUCACUGGGCUGCACGGUGAUCGAGAUGGUAACCGGGAAACCGGCGUGGGAAGACAAAGGUGCGGCGGAGACAAUCCGUCGAAUUGGCUACUCCGACGAAUCGCCUCGAAUUCCGACUCAAUUGUCAGAAACCGGCCGGGACUUUGUGGAGAAAUGCUUACGCAGGGGAAUUAGCCAGAGAUGGAGCUGCGAUCAGCUCCUGCAACAUCCCUUUCUCUCAAAGUGUACACAGGCGCCGGAAUUCGCCACUUAUGCCUCGCCGCGUUGUGUGUUGGAUUGGUUCAAUUUAGAUUCCGAUAUGGAAGAAGAUGAAGAAAUUACCAGUAUUUGUCAAUCGGAUUGUAGUCUGGAAGCGAAGGACAGAAUUGGGAAAUUGAAUUCGGGUGGAGGGGCAAUCUGGGAAUCAGACGGAUGGACAUUGGUGAGGGGCUUAGUCGGUGUAACGGAAGUGAAGGAGUCGGCGGCGGCGCUUUCGGUUUCAGAUAACGAUGAUGAAACCAAAGAAGAGGUAGGGACAAGUUCGGGAUAUUGGGGAAUCGAAGGGUCAGAAUUGGAAGAUGAGGAUUCCUUUGGGAUUGGUGAAUUGCGUAAAAGUACAAGUGUGGAAUAUUUGGCAGAUUCUUUUUAUCGUUGUGGUAGUAUUUGCCCCGCAGUAGAAACAGAGCAUCCUCACUGCCACCAUGACAACGGCCGCGGCGGCGGCGUAACGGGGCCAAAUGACCGGCCGGGACGGGUUAUUCCUGAACCUGUUGUUGUUAUUGAUGAAGAAUCACAUCCAAGAUUUUGUGGAAAUCAAUAUCUACAGUUCUUCUUGUGUUGGUCUUCUUUAUUAUUAUUUCACAGAUUCGACCACACGAUUUCAUGUUGUAACAAUUUGAUGUAUUUUGGCAUUUGCUUGUUAUAUGAAAAUAUUUGGUUACAUUUUAAUUUCGUGUUGGUACUUCUUCUCUUCGAGUUCGGCAUAUUUACGGGAUUUGUGUAA